AUGGGAUUGAUCAGAGAAGUAGCUGAGGGGGUCUGGGUAUAUUGUGAGAUGGAUCCAGAUGACGGAUGGAUAGUGAUCCAGAGACGAAGUGGAGGAGUGGUGUCUUUUGAGAGAGGAUGGGAUGAAUAUAAAUUUGGGUUUGGAAUCCUGACAUAUGACCACUGGCUCGGCCUGGAGAAGAUCCAUCUUUUGACUAAGGAUACAACUAAGACGUGGACUUUGAGGGUAGACCUGUGGGAUCAUGAAGGUGGCUCUACUUUUGCAGAGUACCGUAACUUUAAAAUUGGAGAUGAGCAAACAGCUUAUAAACUGCAUGUUGGGGCAUACAGCGGAAAUGCAGGUGACGCCAUCCGUGGUGCCUAUCUGGGCAUUGACCAAAAUGGGUCUGGCUUCAGCACCUUCGACAGUGACAAUGACAAUUGCUCCCCGUGCAUCUUUGGUGAUAUUGCUUUAGGCAAGUGUGCUGACAGUUUCGGCAGCGGUUGGUGGUACCAUAGUUGCAGCUCAGCUGCCCUGCACGGUGACUGGCCCUCUUCUGAUGACCCCAUCGGCUGGCAAUCAGGCCUCCACUGGCACACCUGGAAACCAAUAGUUCUCCCUUUGCAUGCAUGGGUUCUCUCUGGACCACUGGAGCUGGCGCCAGCUCCCCCAUGA